AUGAGCAUUACUCAUAGCACCUGGCCAGUCGUGUUGAUGCCGUAUAACUUGCCUCCAUGGUUGUGCAUGAAACAACCAUUUUUCAUUCUAGCUUUGCUCAUUGAUGGUCCUCAUGGUCCUGGAAAUGAUAUUGAUGUUUACUUGCAGCCUUUGAUUGAGGAGUUAAAAGAGUUGUGGACUGAAGGUGUGCUUACUUUUGAUGCAUCAACCCAACAAAUGUUUCGUAUGCGAGCGACAAUAUUAAUGGGAACUAUAAAUGAUUUUCCAGCAUUAGCGAUGCUAUCUGGUUGGAGCACAAAAGGAGCACUAGCUUGUCCUUCUUGCAAUGUGGAAACCCAAUCUCUAUGGUUGAAGAACUUUAGGAAGUAUUGCUAUAUGGGCCAUAGACGCUUCUUGGAUCAAGGACAUAACUUUCGGAAAGAAGCCAUAUCUUUUGAUGGAACUAUUGAAACUAGACCAAGGCCACUUUACUUUUCAGGUGCUGAUAUUUUUAAACAAGUUCAAUUCAUUCAAAAUAAUUUUGGGAAGGGUGAAGAAAGGGGGAGAACAGCACCUAAAAAGAGACGAGUACAUGCUAAUGAUGGAAUAAGUGCCAACACUAUGGAGCAAGGAGUAGAACAUAAUUGGAAAAAGAGAAGUAUAUUUUUUGACUUAGAGUAUUGGGUGGAUAUUUUGAUUCGCCACAAUAUUGACCUGAUGCAUACCGAGAAGAAUGUCUUGGAAAAUAUACUUGGGACACUACUCAAUAUUUUGGGGAAAACAAAGGACAAUCUAAAAGCUCGACAAGACCUAAAGGUCAUGCGUAUACGCACGGCACUCCAUCCUCAACAACGGCCUGGUGGGAAAGUCUUUCUACCUCCUGCUUCUUUCACAAUGAGUAAAGAACAAAAACAUAUAUUUUGUAAAGUGUUGAAAAAUGUUAAAGUCCCUGACGGCUACUCCUCCAAUAUUUCACGCCGUGUAAACCUCAAAGACACAACUAUUUCAGGGUUGAAGAGCCAUGAUUGUCAUAUUCUUAUGCAACAACUAUUGCCAUUGGCUGCGAGGAGGGCAUUGCCUAGACAUGUUUGUGAAGCCAUAAUUGAGUUGAGCACUUUUUAUAGACGGUUAUGCUCCAAAGUAAUGGAUCCAAAUGACUUUGAGGAUCUUAAAAAGCAAAUUGCAUUGACUCUAUGCCGUCUCGAAAAGAUUUUUCCACCUUCUUUUUUUGAUAUAAUGGAGCAUUUACCCAUUCAUUUAGCGGAACAAGCAAGUGUCGCUGGACCAGUAUAUUAUCGAUGGAUGUACCCCGUUGAGAGGUAUUUGCUUACACUCAAGAAGUACGUGCGUAAUAUGAGCCAUCCAGAGGGAUCCAUUGCAGAAGGUUAUUUGACAGAACAAUGCUUGACAUUUUGCGCACGGUACUUGCAUGAUGUUGAGACAAAGUUAAGUCGACCAAUACGAAACUACGAUGGUGAGCAUGGAGGUCGUGGUUUAGGGAAAGGAAAAUUGUUUGAGCUUGAUAACAUUGCUUGGGUGCAGGCACAUAGAUAUGUCCUAGCCAAUUCUGAUAUCGUAGCCCCAUUCCGAGAGAAACACAUUCAAGUUCUUAGAAAUGAUAGUCGCCGGUUAAGUGAGCGUGAUCUUAUGAGGAAGCACAAUGAACAAUUUCCUAAUUGGUUUAGAGAUCACGUUCAAGACUUGCUGCGAACAAAAAAUGCGAACAUAUCCAACGAACUGAGUGUGUUAGCUUCAGCACCAGACAAAUGGGCUAGAAGGUAUACUGGGUACAUUAUAAACGGGUUUCGAUUUCACACCAAGGAGCGUGAGGAGAGGAGGAAAACUCAAAACAGUGGAGUAUCGUUGACCGCAUACACACAAAGUUAUGCAAGCUCAAGAGAUAAACGCCCAGUUACAGGAGAGGUCAUUUUCUAUGGAGUUUUAAGGGAUAUCAUUGAAUUGAGAUAUUCUAAUAACUUUAAGUUUGUGCUAUUCAAAUGCGAUUGGGUGGAUAAUAACGUAGGAAUGAGGCAAGAUGAGUUCAAGUUCACACUUGUAAAUUUUACGCAUCUUUUGUAUAGACACAAUCGCACAUCAGAUGAACCAUUCAUCCUUGCAUCUCUGGCGCAACAGGUUUGGUAUGUUCAAGACCCCAUUGACGAAGAUUGGCAUGUCGUUGUUAAGAUGACCCCUAGAGACUCAUACGACAUGAAUGGAAAACAAUCUACAGAAGAUGAAAUAACUUGUCCCCAAGCUGAGCCUUAUAGUGGUCAACAGUUAGAUGAUGCUACAUAUACUCUUGAUAAUGAUGUUAACUGGGUUAGAACAGAUGUGGAAGGAGAAACAGUUGAUGACGACAUAGAUGGUGACGAUUAUGAUAAUGUUGGUGUAGAAGAUAGUGAUGAGGAUGAGGUUGAUUAUAGUGAUGAGGAGGAGGUUGAUUAUAGUGAGGAGGAGGAUUGUACUGAUGAUGAUGAUGAUGAUGAUGAUGAUGAUGAUGAUUUUGAGGAAAAUGAUGAAGAUGGAGAUCAUGACAAGGAUGAUUGA